AUGGAUCUGGCUCACUCCGCGCGGGAUGAUCAAAGGUUACUCAAAGCUUCUCCAGCCUACCCAUCACCUGCGCCUAUCCCGCUCGAUAGAUACGAUUUCCAGUCGUUGUCCGGGUUAGGAAUCUCAAAUUGUGGAACAGGAUCCCCCUCAAGCCAGAUCAGACUCUACCCGUGUCCGGAGCAAUAUGCACUUUCAACGAGCAACUGGUCCGACCCAAUAACGCAUUCCCCAAACAUCCUCGAAACCCCUCCAGACGCCAGUCGGUUCCCGCCCAGUACGCAUUACGAGCCAUUCGGUAGCCAUGCAGAUAUCUCAGUAUCACCCAGUUACAGCCCAGUUAUGGAUUUUGGUGCGAUGCAUGAUGAAAUUCCUCGCUUCUGGCCUAACACUCCUACCUCCGAAACCAUGGCAGCGUCAGAAGGCUGGUCCAAUGUGGACGUCUGGGAAUCAUCUUUCCUGGAUGAUUCAAACAAUACAAUGGUCUCCAGAAUGCCAGAGAUCCCUCGACUCCAACUCAACACCGCGUAUCUGCAUCCCCAACGACCGGAUAAUACCCUCACUGAGCUGGACCCGAGUCAAAGUGUCGCGCCGGAUUUGGUCCCUGAUGAGGCAAUCUCCAAGUGGAUCGAAAAUGUUAGCGAAUCGCCCCAUGGAGAACAAUCCAAGAUACCGUCAGCAAGUGGCUUAGAGUGUCCCACGUGUGGUGUCCGCUUCACACGACGCUCUAACUGUAAAGAGCAUAUGAAGAGCCAUGACCCUAACUACAUAGUAUCCAUCGGGGAAUACGCAAGUAUGGCUGUGAGAAGUGUGGUCGGCGCUACAGUCGACAGGACACAUUGUCAAGGUACCGUAUUCGGAUCAAGCUCCAAUGUGAAACAACGAACUCACUCUGCUACAGACAUCAGUCGGACGGCUGCGAUGGAAGAACCCGGAAGACACGAGCUUCUCGAAACGACACAGAUGCGCCAUACCCCACUGAUGACUAUUACGCUUCACCACACUAAUCAACUGAGAGCCCUUUGA